AUGUUCGGAGGAGGACAACCUUAAGGUUAACCAAACCCUGCUAUAAAUCCUUAAUUAUAACAAGCAGUUAUAUAAGAGCAUGAAUUUCCUGUUUAUUUAUUAUAAAAUUCAGAUAUAAUUGAAGAACUUGACUUAGAUCAUGCUAAAAAGCAAUUUAGUUAUUUAAGCAGAAAUUUAUUUUUCUCAACAAUAGUAGGAGUUACAUUAAAUGUUUAGAUUAAAAAAAUUAAAUAAUUAAAUAUUUUUUCUUGGAAUAAAUAUUUGAGAAUGGCUUUUAGAAUUCCGUUGUUUUUCGCUCCAUUUAUAGCCACAUAAUCAAGUAGCGAUAGAUAUGCAAAAGAACUUGCUCUUAUAAAUAGAAAAUAUUAUUAAAGAUUUUAAAGAUUCUAAAGGACUGGAGAUCCUAAGUAUUUGGAUCCUAAUGGAGUAUUGUUAAAAUAACAAUAAUAAAGAAGCUAAAAUAAAUGA